GCGAGUUUGUGCUUAAAGUGAAUUUUUGUGGACUGUGAAUUGUUAAAGAACUGAUAUUGUGCUAGUUGUUGACUGCACUUUUUGGAGAUGGUUAUCCUUACCAGCCGGGCGGAUAUGUCAGAAGGACCAGCCACACCCGAGUGGGACAUCAACGACGCGGUAGUUCCGCGGGUCACAAGCUUCGACUCCUUCGGCGAAUGGUGCGACGGCCACGUGCGCAGGGUCUACCCCCCCGGGUGUGAAGAGGCCCGAAGACAUGCCUCCGGUUGGGCCAUGAGGAACACGAAUAACCACAACGUUCACAUACUGAAGAAAAGUUGCCUUGGUGUGUUGGUCUGCUCAACCAGAUGCCGCUUACCAGACGGAUCCCGUGUACACUUACGACCGGCAAUUUGUGAUAAAGCCAGAAAAAAACAGCAAGGAAAGCCAUGCCCCAAUCGUCUCUGCAACGGUGGUCGCCUGGAAGUCCAGCCCUGCCGUGGUCACUGCGGCUACCCGGUCACCCACUUCUGGCGUCACACGGAACACGCUAUCUUCUUCCAAGCGAAGGGCUCCCACGACCAUCCGCGCCCCGAAGCCAAGGGGGCCAGCGAAGUGCGACGAUCUCUCGGCGCGGGCAGGCGGGUCCGCGGUCUGGCGCUGCUCCUCGCGCGGGAGGCGGCUAUCGCUGACAAAAUACUGACUGUAAAACCAGAAAAGCAUAUGCAGCAGAAGAUGAACACACACCCGCAACCUCCGCCGCUUAUUCCAGAUAAUCAAAGAGUUCUUACGUGUACGUGUGGGCCAUUUGAAUGCAACUGCCGAUGGCGAUCCGAAACUGCAGCGGAACCAUACGCAGCCGCCGCGUGGACGCCGACAGAACAUCAAUCCUACACAGCAUACAUCCCACCCAACCAACCGACGUCCUCACUUCCACCUGCCCAAACAUACGACCCGAACGCUCUCCCAGCCGACGACAUAUUCCAUCCAGAAGAAAUCUUCCAACUCGAUCAACCGAUACGCCUCGAUUUUCCAAUGGAGGAAAACACACUAGAAUCUUCCCCGACCUUCGCGGACCUAAACGGUGAAAAUUCAAGGCCUGAAGAUGCGUACUGGCUAGAAUGGCAACGAGCCGCGGGCGGAUCGGAAUCUAGUGAAACCCCAUCCCCCGAACUUUUCGGUACUGGAUACCAACAAACAGAAGUUUAUUGCGACCAACAGUCCUAUAUCCAUCAAAAUUAUUACCCCGAAGAAGCGCAAUACUACCCAGUGGAGAACAUGAGAAAUUCCUCCCCUGUGAUGGAGGCACAAGAUCAGCGAUACUACAGGUACGGGCAGGACUGCGCGCAAAACAGCGUAGAGAUGCAGACGUGGAACUACUCAGACUGUGCCUUCAGCUCGCACGAGGUGCCCGAAUGCAAACAGUAUUACGAUGUCCAACAUUCACAAGCCGUCAAUGGCUUCAGUUCACUGUUAUAA